AUGUCGGUUCAAGCGACAAACCCCAACAAUCCUAUUGUGUUCUUCGACAUUACAAUUGGAGGGCAGGAUGUUGGGCGAAUGAAGGUUGAACUCUUUGCUGAUGUUGUCCCUAAGACGGCUGAGAAUUUCCGGCAGUUUUGCACUGGGGAGUUCCGAAGGGACGGUGUGCCUAUUGGUUUCAAGGGCUGCACAUUCCACAGAGUGAUAAAAGACUUUAUGAUCCAAGGAGGUGACUUUGUGAAUGGUGACGGCACUGGCAUCUGCAGCAUAUACAGAGGUCCUUUCGCAGAUGAAAACUUUCGGGUGAAACAUUCUGCGCCUGGUCUUCUUUCCAUGGCAAACAGUGGUCCAGGAACAAAUGGUUGCCAGUUUUUUAUAACUUGCACUAAAUGUGACUGGCUAGAUGGAAAACAUGUCGUUUUUGGUAAAGUUGUGGAUGGACUGCUGAUUAUGCGAAAGAUUGAGAACGUUCCCACGGGACCCAACAACAAACCCAAGCUCCCGAUCCUUAUUGCACAGUGUGGAGAGAUGUGA